GACGAACCGGAACAACGCAACUGGCUGGAGUUGCAGCGGGAUGUGACAGCUGCGAUUUUCUCUCGCCUUGGGGCCAUAGAAAUACUGAAAAGCCUGCAAAACGUCUGUUCUCUGUGGUGCAACAUCUGCAAGUACCCCUCCAUGUGUCGAUCCAUCGACAUGCGGUCAUGCGCAAUCUGGGUGACUUACAUGACAUGAACUAUGAUCUCGAGAAAAUGUGUAUGCAGGCCGUCGAUCGCAGCAACGGCGAAUUGGUGGAUAUCAAUAUUGAGCAUUUUGGUACCGAUGAACUUCUAGCUUACAUAGCUGAUACAUCAAGUCAUAUCAGACGCCCUCGUCUUGUUUCUUGCCAUGAGGUUUCACAUAGGGGAUUGUGCAAAGCUGCUAAGAAACCUGCCUUGCUGGAAGAACUAGACAUUUCAUACUGCUCAAUUUCAGCAGUUGCUCUGAUAGUUGUCGGUCGUCAUUGCCCUCAUUUGAAAUCAUUCAAAUACAAUAAACAGGAUAGAGAUCGCCAUGGAUUCACAAACAUGGACAGCUCUCGUGAUAAAGCUGCAAGAGCUAUUGCGCACAAAAUAUGCAUGAAUUGCUCACAAAAUAUGCAUGAAUUGCUCCACCUCCAGCUUUUUGGGAAUAAACUGACAAACUGUGGCUUGGAGACCAUUCUCGAUGGUUGUCCUCACCUUAAAUCCUUUGACCUGCGCCAUUGUUCCAAUGUGUAUAAGGUAGGGCAUUUUGUCUGCCAUUGUUUGAGGAUCAAGAUAAGCCAAAAGCCGAAUAUCACAUUGGAUGUUGAUGGUUGCUGUUGCCCUCGCUUAGUAUCUUUCAAAUUCAACAAUGGAGGUAUACGCACAGCAUUGAGUCCGAUGAGGAAGCAGAAGCUGAAGUCAUCACAACAAUGGAUGAAUUAUGCCGCCUCCAUCAUUUUGGGAAUAAGCUGAAAAACUAUGGGUUGCAGGAUGUUUCUUGAUGGCUUGUAGAUAUUUUUUUGAUGCUACUGCAAUGCACUCUAAUAAAGCUGCAUCUUUUUU